AUGACGCAAGAUAUCAAUCAGCUUAAACAAAUCCUUCAAAACCAAACUAUGUUACGCGAUGAUUUAUCAAGACAAUGUCUAAAGAGAGAAGAGAUACAGAAAAACAAACAACAAGAGCUAUGCAGUCAGAUAACGCAGCUACAAUUACAUAUUAAAUCACUAGAUGUUUACAUUAAAAGGUUAUCAUUAGUUCACUCUCAAAUCUCUGCUUCUUCCUCGUAUCCUUUGUCAAAAGAUGAUUACGCGGAAAUUCUUCGUCUGGUAAGUACAAUGUAA